AUGGACGCGCCCGACUCGCGCACGCGGAGGAAGAUUGCGCUAAACUCGAGAACAGUCCUGUCUCCUUCCGCGUCUGCCCGUGUAUUCUCCGAGGUCGUACUUCCAGGUCUCGUACUGGUAGCUUCCCUCUGGACCGCAAAGGACUGGCUGCUAUCACGCGAUGUGCCAAAGUCAUGGGUGCUUAUGCGUACGCUGGCAUGUAGCGCGCUCGUCCAUUUGGCGCGAGAGGCCUGGGCAGGAAAUACGGUCAAGAUCGCCCACUCGGUAAACUUGUCUAUGUUGCCUGCUUUCGGAAUACUGUCCGUAUCAUUCCUCCUGCAACAGACCUGCCUUCUCGUCGCUCUUUCCCACUCCUCCAGCACUCGUGUUGCCGCAUAUGUUCUCUUCUCGCUAGCGUGCGCGAAAGCGUUCUCGAACUCAUCAAUGUUCCCUCGCGCCAUACCCGUCUUCGUUGGACUAGCGUGGUCCUUUGCCUCGGAUGCUAGCUACUCAGUGAACACCGUUCGCGAUGCUCUUCCAGGAUAUCUUGCCUUAGCGGUUCAUGUGCCGCUCACUUGCUCAGUGGAGUACUUCCACGCCCAGCUCUCGAUAAAACUCGGACCAGCUACGGCAUCUGCAGCUGGUACUCUGGGUGCCAGUCUGAUGGCGGUGGUUGCUUACGCUGCACGAGAGGCAUCAUACACAUUCAAGCCGCAUUCCACUGUUGUCCCCUUGACCCACCUUCUUGCCAUCCCGCUUCUGGCUUAUACGGCUCAGCCUUCAUCGUCAACUUUGCAGUUGUCGACCAAUUUGACGCCACAAAUAUACACGCUAACCGGCACUCUGGUCGUCGGCGCGUCGCUCGUUCUGAAUGCAGUCUUUGGCGAUGCGAAGCCCUCCUGGAUAGACCUAACUAUGCCGAUUCUGGUCCUGUACGGAGGUCUUCCUGCAAAGUCCAAGUCAGACAGCGGCGUGCCAGAAACGCCGUUAUCGCUAGUUCUGCGCUCACACUUGAAGACAAUUAUGGACAACGCGGAGUCGCGCAAGAUCUUUUACUUCCUCAUGCUGAACAUUUCAUUCAUGUUCGUUCAAAUGCUUUACGGUAUCUGGACAAAUAGCCUGGGUCUUAUAUCCGAUGCUAUACACAUGGGCUUUGACUGUAUGGCGAUAGGUGUGGGACUCUUUGCGUCCAUCAUGGCCACUUGGCCGCCAAAUGAACGUUUUACAUACGGAUACGGUCGCAUCGAGACGCUUUCCGGCUUUGCGAACGGCAUCUUCCUCGUUCUCAUCUCGAUGUUCAUCAUAUUCGAAGCCAUACAGCGCUUAUUAGACCCACCAGAGAUGAACACGAACCAGCUCCUUCUCAUCAGCACCAUGGGUCUUGGUGUCAACCUAUUCGGAAUGUUCGCGAUGGGCGGUCACCAUCAUCACGCCAUGGCCCAGCUCACAAUCAUACGCACGAUCACGUCCACGGUCAUGACCACUUGCUUCAUGAUCAUACUCACGAUCAUGGCCACUCGCACGCACAUGAGCAUGAGCACGAGCACGACCACGAUCACGGCCAUGCCGCCCAUGAACAGUCUGGCGCGCAUAAUCUUAACCAUGCACACUCGCAUGACCAUGAAUACGAUCAUGAACACGAGCACGGUCAUGAGCAUGGGCACAAUCAUGACCACGACCACAGCCAUUCAGAGCAUGUCCAUGGGGAAGACUGCACGCACGAUGAUCAUGAUCAUCACGAUCACGGCGCAGGAAAGCCGCUCACUAACGGAGAUAGCCACUCGACUCAUUCGCAUUCACCUGAAUCUCCUACCUUCCCUACGCGCGGCCACAAUCGAACGAACUCAAGCGCACGAGUAG